CACCUGACAGAACCGCCAUUUUUAACAGAUUUUUCCGUCGCCUACUACUCUCUCUAAACCCAUUUCCGUCUCGUCCAAAACUCGUAUGCUUAUAUGCAUAAAACCCUAGCUGUCCUCUCACUCUCUCUCUCUUUGAGAUUCUAGGGUUUCGAGAACUCUCACUCCCCACACACACUCUGUUUCUAUGUCUCGAUGAAUUUUUAGGGGGGUUUCUACAUUGAGGUCCAAUGAAUCUCUCACUCCUUCUCACCACUUUCUCUCUCUACAUUCUCUCUCUAGCGCUGCUGGUCAGCUCUAUCUCCGACUUGGAGCUUCGAUCCCUGCUCGAAUUCAAGAAAGGGAUCCAGGACGACCCGCUUGGGAAAGUCACGACGUCCUGGGACCCGAACGGGGUCUCGCGUGAGGACCCCAAUGCCUGCCCCAAAUGGAACGGCGUCUUCUGCGACGAAGUCUCCGGCAAUGUUACCGGCAUCGUCCUCGACCGCCUUGGCCUGUACGGCGAGGUCAAGUUCCACACUCUCACCGGCCUCCAGAUGCUCAAGAAUCUCAGCAUCUCCGGAAACCACUUCACGGGUCGGGUCGAACCGGUGCUCGGGACCAUCCCCACGUUGCAGCAUUUGGAUCUAUCCGAUAACAACUUCUACGGGCCGAUCCCGGCCCGCAUGAACGACUUGUGGGGACUGAAUUACCUCAAUUUGUCGGUCAACAAGUUCGAAGGCGGGUUUCCGAGCGGAAUUCGAAACUUGCAGCAGCUGAAGACGUUGGAUUUGCAUGGAAACCAGCUCUGGGGUGACAUUGCGAUUGUGUUAUCGGAGUUGAGGAAUGUGGAGUAUGUGGAUUUGAGUUACAACAACUUUUCCGGUGGGAUUUCGUUGAGUUUAGAGAAUAUAUCGAGCUUGGCCAACACAGUUCACCAUUUGAAUUUGUCCCACAACAAAUUGAAUGGUGGGUUUUUCAAGAAUGAAUCCAUCGAAUUGUUCCGGAACUUGAAGGUUUUAGAUUUUGGAGAUAAUCAGAUUAGUGGAGAGCUACCUUCUUUGGGGUCGUUGCUGAAUUUGCGGGUUUUAAGAUUGGGGAGUAAUCAGUUGUUCGGGUCAAUACCGGAGGAAUUACUGGAGAGUUCUGUGUUGGAGGAAUUGGAUCUUAGUGGCAAUGGGUUUACAGGUUCAGUUCUCGGAAUUAACUCCACAACUUUGAAUGUUUUGAAUCUUUCCUCAAAUAGUUUAUCAGGCUCUUUGCCCAUUUUUGUGAAAAGUUGUGUAAUAAUGGACUUAAGCAGAAAUAUGAUCAAUGGUGACAUAUCCGUUAUGCAAAAUUGGGUGUCUGCACUACAGGUUCUUGAUUUGAGUUCAAACAAUCUGUCGGGAAACUUUCCAAACAUGACGUCUCAGUUUGAUAGAAUAACUACUCUUACUCUCAGAAAUAAUUCCCUAGUUGGUACCUUGCCUUCGACACUGGGGUCCCUUCGUAGCUUGUCCUUAGUUGACCUCAGUUUAAAUGAACUCAGUGGGCCAAUUCCUGAUAGUUUCUUCACUUCAGAUACCUUGACAAGACUGAACCUCUCAGGAAAUCAAUUUUCAGGACCAAUUCCUCUUCCAGGUUCACAUGCAAGUGAAUUAUUAGUUCAAACUCCAUAUAUGCAGCAGAUGGAGUAUCUUGAUCUCUCUGGUAAUAACUUGACAGGUGCCUUGUCUUCAGACAUAGGUGAAAUUGCAAGUCUCAAAUUACUGAAUCUAGCAUGGAAUGGAUUUUCAGGGCAGAUGCCAAGUGCACUGAACAAACUCAAUAGGCUGGAGUACCUCGAUCUAUCUCACAACAAAUUUGUGGGUGAAAUACCUGAUAAGCUUCCAUCCAGCUUAAAUGUAUUCAAUGUGUCUUAUAAUGAACUAACUGGCAAAGUUCCUGAAAAUUUGAGAAGGUUUCCUACGUCUUCAUUUCGUCCUGGAAAUGAAAAGCUCGACAUUCCUGGUGGCUCUUCGGGAUCAAAUUCUGUUACAGAUCCAAAUUCUAAUGGAGGGAAGCAUCAUAGUUCUAAGGGGAGUAUUAGGUUAGCAAUCAUUCUUGCUUCCAUUGGUGCUGCUGCGAUGAUUGUUUUUGUUUUAGUGGCUUAUCACCAAGCACAUCUUAAAGAAUUUCGUGGAAGAAGUGGAUUUAGUGAUCAGAAUACAGGGAGAGAUGUAAAGUUCGGAAGAUUUUCCCGGUCUUCCCUCUUUAAGUCUCAGAGAGAUGUUCAACCCCCACCAACUUCCUUGAGUUUUUCGACUGAUCACUUGCUGACUUCAAAUUCAAGGGCAUUACCUGGGCAGACAACUCAAUCUGCUGAGCAUGUUUUACCUGAGGGAGUAGCCACUAGUUCAGCAUCCCUGAAUCCUAAUGUGCUAGAUAAUCAUCACGCAACAUCUGGAAGGAAAUCCUCUCCAGGUUCCCCGCUAUCUUCCUCACCCCGUUUUAUAGAGGUGUCUGAACAACCUGUGUUGUUGGAUGUGUAUUCACCAGAUAGGUUGGCUGGAGAAUUGUUCUUCCUGGAUACUUCACUGGCAUUCACAGCUGAGGAGUUAUCUCGUGCUCCGGCAGAAGUACUUGGUAGAAGCAGCCAUGGCACCCUGUAUAAAGCUACUCUAGAUAGUGGACGUAUGUUGACUGUGAAGUGGUUACGGGUGGGGCUUGUAAAACAUAAGAAAGAAUUUGCGAGAGAAGUUAAAAGGAUUGGCUCCAUAAGGCAUCCACACCUUGUUCCAUUACAAGCAUACUAUUGGGGGCCCAGAGAACAAGAGAGGCUUCUUUUAGCGGAUUAUAUACGGGGAGAUAGCUUGGCCCUACAUCUUUAUGAAUCCACACCUCGGAGAUACUCCCCAUUAUCAUUCAGUCAAAGACUAAAAGUUGGCAUGGACGUUGCCCGCUGCCUGUUGUUCCUUCAUGAUAGAGGCUUGCCACAUGGAAACCUGAAACCAACAAAUAUAGUCUUGGAAGGCCCCGAGUACAAUGCUCGCCUUACCGAUUAUGGUCUUCACCGCCUCAUGACGUCAGCUGGCAUUGCAGAGCAAAUAUUAAAUCUGGGAGCACUUGGAUACUGUGCACCAGAACUUGCUUCUGCAGUUAAACCAGUGCCAUCAUUCAAGGCAGAUGUGUAUGCACUUGGGGUGAUUCUAAUGGAACUGUUAACCAGGAGAAGUGCCGGUGACAUAAUAUCAGGCCAGUCUGGGGCUGUUGACCUUACAGAUUGGGUUCGACUAUGCGAUCAGGAAGGACGGAGAAUGGACUGUAUUGACAGAGACAUUUCAGGUGGGGAAGAGCCUUCCACAGCAAUGGAUGAAUUGCUUGGAAUAUCAAUCAGGUGUAUUCUCCCUGUAAAUGAGAGGCCUAACAUCAGACAAGUCCUCGAUGAUCUUUGCUCCAUAUCUGUUUGAAAUUUUUGUACAUGCGUCUUGGAAUUAGUUUUUUUUCAUUCCUUGACCCAAUUAUUGUUUUUCUCCUUAAUUCUUUUCUCCUUAAUUGGUUUCAAGCCUUCUGAUUUUGGGCUAAUUUUCACAUUCUUUUGUUAAUUUGGAAAUCUUGUUGUAAAGAGACGUGCCAUCCACUGAUCAUUUGACAGUGCUUGGGUUUGAUCAAAAGUGAAAAAGGAUUGCGAUUC